GGACAGCUGGUCUCUUGCCACAGGCCCUGCGUGAGAAGAGACUGGUGAAAUACUAGUGCGAGAUCUUGUAGCACUUUGAAAGAUAUCCGCGUAUUCGCAAACGCGUUCGGAAGUGAUGCAGUUGGAUCGUCCUCUUACUUUUAUAUGGCGUCGCUUGCACUCCAGACAUCCAUUGCGCGACUUUUUAUGCGUUCUGCGCGGCAUGAUUAUGAUCGAUGUCGAUCCACAUCCCCAGAAAGAAGCUACUGAUUAUUCAUGUGGGUGACUGCGGUCUGUUCGCCGACUUGUUCCUUACACGCUAUCGAAUCAUGUCCCCCAUGUAUGCAUACGCUGCUAAUAGUUCACUGCAGAUUUUGGUCCCCGCUCGACUCUAAAGAAAGCAUCUUAGCGUAUGAGAAGAGGGUUAGAAGGUGGGCGAAGGGCCCUAGAAUAAAGAAUCCGCGUAUGCACGGGCCACUUUCAUGUCGGAUCCACUACCGGAUUCGAUACGCGUAUUCGGUCAAUUUCCUUUAGGAGACAGUGCAGUCUAUAGAGGCUUCGUGCCAAUUUCUUUACACGUAUGGUGUAUCCCUCCUCUGGCGCAAGGAAGUCUGCUUGUCCAGUGUUCGGACAUAUAAAUUCAAAAUGGGUCACCCCAGAACCAUAAGGGUGGUCCCAGAAUACUCCCCCAAAGAUACCACACGUCUCUCACAACAAUGGCGCAACUUGAGCCUUAUGUAG